AGAUCGUCAUGGGAGUCGGUCGCACGACGUGUAAAUGCGAGAUGUUUCAGCGACAGCUGGUCAUGAUGUGUAAAAUGUGAUGUCUCAAUGGCUGAGUAGGCGACAAUAACGGUCUGGCUGUUGAAGCAACACAAUUCAUUGAAGUGAAUCGUAAGAAGUUCCAAUUGUUUGCUUCUGUUUGCUUUGCCGUUGACCGCCCUGGACCCCAAUCCGGACCACAUCACGUUGCCUUCAGGUGACUUGACUGUUGAAUGAUAAGAUAAGAUAGAACCUGAAAAGGGAUGAUGCCUGAUCCUCUUUGUUGACAGACAUGCAAGUGAACCUUUUUAGUGAGAGACCCAACGAUGGCGUCAGAGAUGUCACGCAAUGGGGUGGGAAAUAGAAAGAAAAGGAACAGGAAUGAUGAAACCAUGCCUAGCAUUUCACAUGAAUUCACAUUAUCCCGAUCAGUGAUCCACUCACUACGUCAUGGCUAUCAACUUGUUUGCUGCUAUUGAAAAAGGCCGUCGAUUUCCUUACUUUCUGUUGCUCACAACCAAGAUCAAUUGACAGUAGACCGGCACAAGAUUGUACCAAAUCUCUUACCUGGAUUGAUUGUCUUCCUCUACUGAUCUCUCAAAAAGCCGCCAUGGCUCAAUCGAGGUCCUCUUCCUCCUCUCUGGUGGAGUUCAUCAAACACCCUUUUGUGGGCACCUUUACUAUCUUCUAUCUAUUGUUUCAGGCCAUUAUAAACUGGUUCUUUGCUCCAGCCCCUCCACCUCCCGCAUCUCUUGUCAAUGGCCUACCGAAAAAGCGAGUGGCUGUCGUUGGAGCUGGGUUAACGGGAGUGUCGGCUGCCGCUCACUGUGUUGGCCAUGGCUUUGAUGUGCAGCUCUUUGAGUCGCGUUCCAAGGAGAAAGGACUGGGAGGAAUUUGGAGUAGGGUAAACUCCACUUCCUCAUUGCAGAUCCACAGUAUCAUGUACCGAUUCCACCCAUCGGUCAAGUAUGAUACCGCGUAUCCGACUCAAGGAGAGAUUCGCGACCAGAUCGUGGAUGUGUGGAAGCGCUACGGCCUACAGAAGAGCACGGUAUUCGACACACCCGUUACCUCCGUCAAGCGAGCCGAAGAUGGCAAAUGGAUCAUCAACGAUGACGAAGACAAGUACGGUCGCUUUGACGGCGUGGUGGCCUCGGUAGGUGUCUGUGGCGAUCCGAAAAUGCCGCCGCUGCCCGAUCAGGAGCGCUUCAAGGGCAAUAUCUUCCAUUCGUCCGAAUUGGACGGUAAGGAUGUGGAAGGGAAAAAGGUCCUCAUCAUUGGUGGCGGCGCCAGCGCCAUUGAAGCUCUAGAGUUUGCAGUCCAGUCGGGGGCGGCGGAAAUCGAUGUGCUGUCGCGCUCCGAUAAGUGGAUUAUCCCACGCAACAUCUUGGUCCAGUCCUUGUUAGCUUUAAACAUCUUCGGAAUGGAGACUUCAUUUUCCUGGAUCCCGGAAUGGCUCCUGCAUAAGUUCUUCUAUCGUGAUUUGGAGGAUAUUGCACCUUCGAGUGGGCUCUUUACCACAACCCCAAUGGCGAACUCAGAACUCUUCAAUAAAAUCCGGGAGGGUAAGGCUCGGUGGCUGCGCGGCGAUAUUGUAUCCGUGAAGGAGAACGGCAUCCUGUUCAACCACCGCGCACGGAAAGUGCCCAAGGGCGGACCGGGGCAUGAGUCGGUCGUCACGGGCGAUGUCAUCAUUGAGGCAACGGGCUUCAAACGCCCAUCGCUAUCUUUCUUGCCCGACGAUGCGUUCGAGGAGCCGUAUAGCCCUCCCAGCUGGUACCUGCAAGUGUUUCCGCCGAAAUAUCCGGAGAUUUGUGCCAACAACAGCACGUAUGUGGACGCUAUCGGAACGGUGGGAAAUAUGCACAUUGGCAUCUACACGCGCUUUUUGCUCAUGUUCUUGACGGACCCUUUGACGCAACCGACCGAGGGUCGCAUGAAGACCUGGAUUGACUUCACCCGCUUUGUCAAGCAGCAUUCCCCGACCAACGCCUUUGACUUCUUCACCUACUCCGAGCUGAUCUACUGGUUUGUGUUUGUGAUUCUGGUCAACCCGUUCCGGUGGAAGUGGGCACCGUUCGUGCUGUUCGGCGUUGGCCGAGCGCUUCCGAUGGGAGUGGUCAGGCAAGAAGAGUCGUUCCGCAAGGAGUUGCGGAAACAGCACUAAACCGCAGCCAGUGUAUAUCUACCCCGGAUUAUACUGCUGAUCGAAAAAAGUGCUACAGCUGCGUUGGUCAAUAUACUCAUACUACACCUGGUUGACAUAGUUAACCCCCCACUAGGUUCAUAUGCUGUUUUAUUCUCAGACCUUUCUCCUCGGGCUUAUUCUGGGCCUCCGCGAAUGGGUCGGCGGUCUACAUAGAUGAUUAACGAGGCCAUGUCUUCUUUUACAUAGUUGUGCUAUGAUGCAUGCAGCAGGCGAUUUAAUGAAUGAAAAAUGUUGUGAAUCAUA